AUGCCCACAUCUUUGCCUCAUUGGAAUUUUGGAUUCCAUUUGGUACUCCUCAUAUUUGUCGCAUUUACACAAUGUGUACAACUAAAAUGUUUAUUUUUUAAACCUACAUUUGUAAGUAUAUCCCUGAAUGGACUUAAAAAUACACGAUUAAAUCGGGUGUCGUUGAUGUUCGAGGGAAACGAUAGACAUGAUCUCCUUCGCCACUUAUAUAUCAAUAGAGAGAAGAUAUUUAGGGAUAAAGAAGUCGCUGAACACCUGAAAAAUUACUUUGGUUUGACCUUGGAAAAUUUGGAACAACAUGUUAUUGACACCAUGGAAGAGCAGAUUAGGGAUAGGGAUGCCACCAGAGAUGAAAAGCCAAUUUGGGUAGAUGCAAAGGUUUUUAAAGGGGCACCUGAAAAGUUUAAAUUGCCAUUAGAUCCAACACUAUCGCUGUUAAAGGGGGAGGGGAUUCAGGAUAUUAAAGAAGUUGAGGGACAGGAAUUCAUUUCAGAUUUUGACAAAACAAUCUAUGAACUACUUCAAAAUGCGAGGGCAAAUUGCGUUAAACGGAUUCCACAAACAGAACUUGAAAAGUUUAUCGAGUUAUACAGUAAAGUUGGUUCAUAUGAGUAUGAGAUUGUGGACAAUGAGUUGUACUAUUAUACUGAUUGUCAACCGCUUAAACGUAUCAAAUUAACAGAUCAACACGAAAAACGCCAACAUCAAAUUGAAUUGAUGAGUAGGCCCACAAGAAAUCCUUCCUUUAUAGACCCAGUAGAUCCUCACAUUAGAACAGGAAGGCAGAGGGCUUUGCAAAGGAAGAGGGAUUCCGGUGCGUUACAAAAGAAGAGGUGGAAAAUGGAAGUGCCUCCAGAGGAGGAUAUUCCUAGGGGUAAAUCAAUCCGCGGCCAUCCAAUAAUUCAAAAAUUUGUUGACUCUAUGGAUUUUGAGCGGCAGCUCUCUAACGCUCAGGAUACUAACUAUUUUAAGAGCAAUUUCCUGGAAACAGGACAUAAUAUUCCAGAUCGCGCAAUGGAUUCAUACUUUGAUAUACAAUUUAUAGGAACGCCAGAUGCAUAUCCAGCAGCUAAAGAACCCGAUAUGACUUUCACUUGGCCCCUAUAUUGGGUGCCUUGGCUGGCCAAGAAACACCCAAAAAGGAGGGGACAGCCAAUAAAAUCGCCAGUGUUUAACUUGGGAGGUAUUGAGCCACUGCAGUUAUGGUUCUACCCUCAAGGCACUGCAAUGUCCAAACCUGGGUAUUCUUCAAUGAAGUUGAUCACUCCACCAGGGUGGAACUUGCCCUAUCGCAUUUAUCUCUACAUAUUCAGUGAAUACAAUAAGGUAGUAUCCAAGGCUAUGUACAAGGAGUCUGUAGACUAUAUAGCAUUUACACUAAAUUCUGCCAGACUGCUGACUAAAAGAGGGAUCGAUGAUUUGCUGGAGUCGCCAAAGGAUAAUGAUGAUUAUGUGAUUCUUGGGCCUGCAGGAAAUGUAUAUGCUGGAGUAGGAAUUGCUGAUGAGCCACUACCAGAAACUGACUUUAGGGGGGCCAAAAGGCUUCCAAAUGUUGAAUAUAAGUACAAUUAUGACUGGCACGAUGGCCACUAUCAUAUGCACAAAUGGCUACUUAAACAAACGGCGAAUCCGGAGGAUUCUGAGAUAAUGGACAAGCUUCCUAGAUAUUACACUCACUCGCUUGAUUAUCAGCCAUUCAAAUAUUAUUAUACGCCCUAG